CUAGAAAGGAGCCAGUGCUGUGACAAUUUGAAGGUCUGCUCUUCCUACCCUAUCUAGGUUUGAAAGACGCUCGCAAUGACAGGGCUGAGUCUGAAGGAUUUAUCGGAGGCUGAUUUUGAAGACAACGAGAUCAGCAUCAAUGUCGGAGGCUUUAAGAAAAAGAUGAGAUCCAACAUGCUGUUGCGAUUCCCAGAAACAAGACUGGGUAAAUUGUUGAGCUGCAAUUCAAAGGAGUCAAUUUUAGAGCUUUGCGAUGAUUACGACGACACUAAAAAUGAGUUCUACUUUGACAGGAACCCUGAACUUUUCCCUUAUGUGCUGCAUUUUUAUAACACAGGGAAGCUGCAUGUGAUGGGUGAACUCUGUGUCUUUUCCUUCAGCCAGGAGAUUGAAUAUUGGGGAAUCAAUGAAUUCUUUAUUGAUUCUUGCUGCAGCUACAGCUACCAUGGGAGAAAAAUGGAACCCGACCAAGAAAAAUGGGAAGAUCACAGUGACCAGGAAAGCACCAGCUCUUCGUUUGAUGAGAUCUUGGCCUUCUACAAUGAUGCUGCUAAGUUUGACAAGCAACCCUUUGGGAAAGUCAGGCGGCAGCUAUGGUUAGCUUUAGACAACCCUGGCUAUUCUGUCUUGAGCCGAAUAUUCAGCAUCCUUUCCAUAGUGGUUGUUCUUGGAUCUAUAGUAACCAUGUGCCUCAAUAGCCUAUCAGACUUUCAGAUUAUUAACAGCAGUGGGAACUUGGAGGAAGACCCUCGUUUUGAGAUUGUGGAACAUUUUGGUAUUGCAUGGUUCACCUUUGAGCUGGUGGCAAGGUUUGCAGUGGCUCCAGACCUCUUGAAGUUUUUUAAGCAUGCACUCAAUCUGAUUGACCUCAUGUCCAUCCUUCCAUUUUACAUCACUUUGAUCGUUAACUUGGUGGUAGAAAGUAGCCCUACUUUAGCUAAUUUGGGUAGAGUAGCCCAAGUCCUGAGACUGAUGAGAAUAUUCCGCAUCUUAAAACUCGCUCGACACUCAACAGGCCUUAGAUCUCUUGGAGCCACCCUCAAGUAUAGCUACAGGGAGGUAGGGCUUCUCCUGCUUUACCUCUCAGUUGGAAUCUCUAUAUUCUCUGUAGUGGCUUACACAAUUGAAAAAGAAGAAAACAGGGCCCUAGAAACCAUUCCGGCUUGCUGGUGGUGGGCUACCGUUAGCAUGACCACUGUUGGCUAUGGGGAUGUUGUCCCAGUGACCACUGCAGGCAGGCUGACAGCUUCUGCGUGCAUACUAGCUGGCAUCUUGGUAGUGGUCCUUCCUAUCACACUCAUCUUCAACAAGUUUUCUCAUUUUUACAGGCGCCAAAAGCAACUAGAAAGUGCAAUGAGGAGCUGUGAUUUUGGGGAUGGGAUGAAAGUGGUUCCUUCAGUCAACUUAAGGGACUACUAUGCCUACAAAGUUAAGUCCCUGAUGGCCAGUCUCACAAACAUGAGCAGGAGCACACCCAGUGAACUAAGUCUAAAUGAUUCUUUGCAUUAGACUCUGGUUCUAAGACCAGUUUGCAUGAUGGAAAACCAAGAGAUGUAUUUAUAUUUGUUGUUCCUUUCACCCCAGUAUCAAAUGUUGAUGAUGCACCAAGGACAGAUGAUCCACAUAACCAUUUUUUUCCACCAUAAGAUACUUCCCCGCCCCUUGCCCCCUGCCCAGAAAUCUUUCGGUAGCAAUUCACAUGUACUUGAGUGUUGUGAAUGGUUCAUCAUUCAUCCAGAUUUAAGGACAGCGCAAGUUUUGAAGCUUGCACAAUUUGUGCUGGCUUGCAAUCAGGAACGUAUGUCAAACCCAUCACAAAGCCAUGUUGCACAUGAAUUACCACCACGUACAAAGGGCCACUUGAUAGAAAAAUGGUUGUGCAAAUCCACUUACCUUGGCAGCUUUGAAGACAAUGACAUUUAGUUAC